CUUUUUUUAGCAACCAAUGAAUAUCAAGUCGCUACCAGCGAAUUUCAAACGACUGAUUGUGUGGACUCCCUUCGAGUAGUACGAAAAGAAAUUAUACAAAAAUAUACGUUUUUGAAGUCCACAUUUCACUUAUUACUCAGCAAACAAAAUGAAGAAGUCGAAGAAGAGCAUAAAGGAGCUUGUCAAACCUUUAGACCAAAAUGAACAGAUUCUGCAACCAGCAAGAAAGGCAUUGGCAGGACCAGCUGCUAGUGACAUGCAAAGGCCUCGCCGUGCAGCAUUUGGGGAUAUUACAAAUGUACCAACAGAACUGGGAGUUGAAGAUGUUGAUCGUGAAAAUAAAGAUGAUGUCACACUAGUUGCCCUGUAUGCACAUGAUAUUUUCAAUUACUACAAAGAGAGAGAGGCAAAAUUCAUUAUUCAACCAUACCUUUCCAUUCAGCCAGCAUUGUCUGAAACUAUGAGAGCCAUUCUUGUUGAUUGGCUUGUAGAGCUUCAGGAAAACUUUGAACUGAAUCAUGAGACCUUGUAUUUGGCGGUCAAGCUCUUGGAUACAUAUUGCUCUUUAGUACCUAACAUACGGGAUCAGAUACAGCUAAUUGGUGCUGCAGCUCUCUUUGUUGCCUGCAAAUUUGAUGAACGUGUGCCUCCGCCUGUUGAGGACUUUUUAUAUGUUUGUGAUGAUACAUACACCAAAAAUGAAUUUCUAGCAAUGGAGCGUACUGUGUUGAAAGCUGUGAACUUUGAACUUGGACGUCCUAUAUCUUAUCGUUUCUUACGUCGGUAUGCUAUGUGUGCCAGGUCUCCUAUUCAAACUCUGACACUUGCUCGCUACCUACUGGAGCUGUCACUGAUGGAAUAUUGUUUUGUCUCCUACCGUGAGUCCCUCUUGGCCGCUGCAUCCCUUUACAUCGCACGUCGUAUGCGGAAUGAGGGAGGAUGGACUGCAACACUCCAGUUUUACACAGAGUACACUUUGGCAGACCUGCGCCCGACCGUCUUGGAGCUGAACCCUUUGUUAAAAUCAAACAAGCGUCCAGAUCUCAAAACUGUUCGAGCCAAGUAUAAUCACCCAGUGUUUCAUUCUGUAGGCAGCAUUCCACCAUUGAGCAACACAGAACUUUUCCCACAAGAAGGAAGCCAAUAGCAAAUGCAUUCAGUUACUAUUGCUUCCAGUGAUGCUGAUGGUACAGCAGUAGAUUGGCAGAAACCAGGACAUCUUUCAGCUAACUGUUCUACAGCUGCCCAUUUUCUGCACCUGUUGAAUAAGACCUUUCAGCCAGCACUGAAGGCAGCUAAUUUGUACAGAGAUGAACAGUAUGACUGUGUGAUGCACAUUCCUGAUGAUUGUUUUCUCUUUCAUUUAAGCAAGAGAAACCAGAACUUGCACUACAUGCCCAAGAAGUUGCCAAUCAACACGAGCUGGUAGAUUGCCAGUGUCUUUAUUUCUGUUGCUGACUUCCAUGCCCAUAAAUUUGUUCCCAUUGUCUGCUUUUCACCAUUUACAUACACUUGGCCUCAUGGUCACCGUACUGUCAGCUAGGUCAGAGAUUUGCAGACAGAUCUUUGCAUCUUAGGUGAAAUGGGUAUCCUCUGGUAAGCAUGAUUCAAACAAAAAGAAAAUAUAUCCAUCCUUAAGAUUUGGGUACCAUGAAAGCAAACAAUGGGAAAUGGUCCAAGGUGAACAGUCCUCUCUAGAUGACAAAUCCUGUACAUAUCACUUAUAACGAGCAUGGAUGAGUUCGCAAAUUUGGGAAGUGGAAGAUGAAAAGGUAGACAUGUAGAUGCAGAGAUAAAAACUAGAGAAUGCGGUGAAAGAAAUGCAUGUACCUGUUGCAUGUUGCUGUCUAAGCUCAAAAGUAAAUAAUUCAUUGGGGUUUUUUUAAAAAGUUAAUAUGAAGUCAUCAAGAUACUGUAUUUAUGCCUUCUGAAUAUUCAUUAUCUUUAAGCUGUACUCUAACAUAUAUACUCAACAUACGGGGUUUUUUUCUGAUAAGGAUUAAAGAAAAAAUUCAGAAUACUUUGAAAGGAUAAAACAUGUGACUUUUUAACUUUAACUUUAUAGACUGCCCUUAUAUUUUUUUUUGAAAAGUACUAUCACAUAUUAAACAAGUUUCUAAAAGGCAUGUGCAUGGCUUAUUAAACAUUUUGGGUACCGAACUUUAAUCUCAGCAGUUGCAGACAUUUUUAUGGUAGCAAUGUUGAAAAUGAAUUGUUACAUUACAUGGUGAUAAAUUGCUCACUGAUUUUUCUUCAGGUGGUUUUUGUAUCAGUAUCAGCACACCAUUGUAUGUGAAGCAUGGAAUUGUUGCUUUGUCUGGGCUGUUUUCUGGCUUAUCAGCCCCUUGACUUUUGAAGUAACUUGUUAAACUUUAGCAGCUUUUGAAACUUUUUAUAGAGUAUUUUUAAAAUACUUUGGGAAUAAAGACAUAAAAAUUUG